UAGUGCAGGUUGUCGAGUCACAGUAUGUUAGCUGACACUUAAGAGUCUUGACAGUCAGAUUGAGUUUGACAAAGCUCAAGAACUCAACAGACGCUGGAGAAAAACAGGCACGGGGUGAUGGUCAGCAUAGAGCUGCACAGGAGCCGCUUGACUCUACGAGGAACUGCUAGGCUACAGAAAAGUUCAGGUCACUAAGAGAGAAGCUGCUGGCUACAGUGACAGCUACACCUGAAACAGAAGUCUCAAGUCCUUGAGACUUUCUCUUGCCGUCGAUAUCUUUGGCAGGAGUUCCAGAUUGACUGGGGAACUCCAGACUCUACAUUGUUGUUGUUGGUCAUCGUCUACUGUGUUGCUUAACCGUCUCUGCAGUUGACAGACAGCUUGAGACACAGUACAGAACAUCUGGGACAGAGUUUGAGUUCUUGGCGAAGGCUGGACAUCAUGUUUGACUGUGUGGAGGCUCUCGGGGUAGGGGCAAGACCCCUCUUUGACGUAUCCACUCAGAGUUCAUGCAUGCUCAGGAAAGCAAGCUCCUUCUUCCCUGGCCUAGAACCUUUCUCAUGGAGCAACAAUACUAGCCUGCAGUCGGUGGAGACCCAGAGCACAAGCUCAGAGGAGAUGGUUCCCAGUUCUCCUUCUCCACCCCCUCCUCCUCGUGUCUAUAAACCCUGCUUUGUGUGCCAGGACAAAUCUUCUGGCUACCAUUAUGGAGUCAGCUCUUGUGAGGGCUGCAAGGGUUUUUUCCGUCGCAGUAUCCAGAAGAACAUGGUGUACACCUGCCACAGAGACAAAAACUGCCAGAUCAAUAAGGUGACACGGAACCGCUGUCAGUACUGCAGGCUGCAGAAGUGCUUUGAGGUCGGCAUGUCUAAGGAAGCGGUCCGGAAUGACAGGAAUAAGAAAAAGAAGGACAUAAAAGAGGAAGUUGUUCUUCCAGAAAGCUACGAGCUGAGUGGAGAACUGGAAGAACUGGUUAAUAAAGUCAGCAAAGCACACAGGGAAACCUUCCCUUCGCUCUGUCAGCUCGGAAAAUACACGACUAAUUCCAGUGCGGAUCAUAGGGUUCAGCUGGAUCUUGGACUGUGGGAUAAGUUCAGUGAGCUCUCCACAAAGUGCAUUAUAAAGAUUGUGGAGUUUGCCAAACGUCUGCCAGGUUUUACUUCACUCACCAUUGCAGACCAGAUCACCUUACUGAAAUCUGCCUGCCUUGAUAUACUGAUGUUGCGGAUUUGUACUCGCUACACUCCAGAACAGGACACUAUGACCUUUUCAGAUGGACUGACCCUCAACAGAACACAAAUGCACAACGCUGGUUUCGGCCCACUCACAGACCUGGUGUUUGCUUUCGCCGGGCAGCUCCUGCCCCUGGAGAUGGACGACACAGAGACAGGGCUCCUUAGCGCCAUCUGCCUCAUCUGUGGAGACCGCAUGGACCUGGAGGAACCUCAUCGGGUUGACCAGCUACAGGAACCUCUGCUAGAGGCGUUAAAGAUCUACGCUCGCCGGCGACGCCCAAACAAACCUCACAUGUUCCCACGAAUGUUGAUGAAGGUCACUGACCUCCGAGGCAUCAGCACUAAAGGAGCAGAGCGAGCCAUCACUCUAAAGAUGGAGAUCCCAGGCCCCAUGCCUCCUCUGAUCAGAGAGAUGCUGGAGAAUCCUGAGGUCUUUGAGGAGAGCUCCGACUCUAAAGACACCGGUGCUUCUGCCCCCCUGCCACCUCCCGCCAUCCAGGCCAUCAAACGUGAGAGGGAUGAGGAAUCUGCUCUGGAGGAUGAAGAGGACGAGGAUGAUGAGUGUGCGGAGGAGGGACGGGACCGAGCAGGGGACAGCGAGGAUGAGGAAUGGGGACUCCUGCAAGUGGACAUGGGUGGAGCUAGAAAGAGUGCGACAGGAAGAGCACAGUGACCGCUGGAGGACAGUAUGUAUGUGGGUCUGAUACAUACAGAUAACAGCGGACAACAUUGUAUUCCAGACACCUGAUCAGUUGAUACAAACAAAAUCAUUCAGUCAAGCAAUUUCCCAUAAUGACUCAAAAAAUAAGCUUCAUAUGACAAAAACAUGCACAACUUUGCACAUCUAGUUUCCCUCAACUUUUCAAAAGCAGUAACAACGAAUUGAGAGAAAUGUAAAAGAAUGCAAGACCAGAGAAAAAUAAGCCAUAGAGCCAUAUCUGGAAGUUACUUGUUGUAUGCAUAUUUUGUACUUCAUUUGGCGAUGCCAAAUAUUUUAGAAUGCAUCCCAAAGCCUUGUUCUGUAAGGGAAACAUUUUUUAAUGACUGCAUAUGGAUACAUAAUCAGAACUGAUCAAUGAGAAAAAAGAAAAGAAAAAACCCCAAAGAACAGCAAACAACCACAUACAGUAAAUGACCAAUUCAACACAACAUACAUUUACUGCAUAAUGUAACUUUAUACUCUUGAUGUUGCAUUGUCUGUUAUAUGUUAUUUUAAUAUGUUCAGCAACUAUGUGCUUCUUUCAUGUGUUAUUGAUGACAUGCAUCUUUACGAAACAUUCCAAAUUCACAGCCCUCCAGCCACACAACUCUACAUCUAAAUUUGACACUUACACCAACUUUAGGUUUUGGGCAUUAGAAGAUUAUAAAAUUAAAUUUAAAGAUUGAAAAAAAGAAUACAUCACAUUAUUACAAAUCAAACCUUUCACUCAGGGCAAAUCAAGGACCAAAGGUGAUCUACAUGUCUCAGAACAUGCGUGCACUAUACAUAUAUUUUAUUUUCAGCUAUUCUAAAUCAUUAAGCAAAAAGUAACAUUAAAAGCUAAAAUAUAACAUUUUUCUCUGGGAUUUAGAAGAGUUGUGUGAUUAGGUAUUACAAGCAAUGACACACUGAUAUGUUAGAUAAAAAGAAGAAGAGGAACUCUAGAGUGUCAAACAUGAGCCGAGCAUCUCAGCAAAUAUGAGCAGUGGUGUGCACAAACUGUUCCUUUCAGUCUCGUAAUAACUGACUAUAAACACAUUAGUUUCUUUGCAGAUAGUGGAAUAAAAAUGUUAAAAUUACUGAGCUGUAUAAUAAAAGAGUUUUAAUGCUCCAGCAGAUCAGAGAGGUUUUGAAAAUUGACUGUGUAUUGCUUUAAUGGAUGUUUAAAUCAGUCUGUCAGAAUUACCGACUUUAUAAAAGUGAUAAAAUAAGAGUGGUCCCUUUGCACAAUUCAUAUAAUAAAUAACAGAAGAGUUGUCUAAUUCAACCAAAGAUUUUUUUUAAGCGUAAGCAAUAAGCCAUUUUUUUAAAACUCUAUAACAGCAUCCUUUGAAGUGUGUUGGACCACCAUGUAUUCAUAUUUCAUAUUUCUUAUGGUAAUCACUCAGUACAACAACCUGUAUGGUACCAUGCAAUGGUAAUAAAUGAUUACCACAUUCAUAUACCAUGGAAUUUACAAUUUAAUAUAAAAUGUGCUUCAAAACUUCAAAGAGUACCAUGGUAUUAAUAACAUGAUAUUACUAUGUUAACAGUUAUUUGUAGGUGAGAAAUAUCAUAGAGUAGGAUGUUUUUGAUUAAAAAGCACCCUACAAAAUUAUAGUUCUAUAGUGGGUUCUGUAGUCUAUAGCCUUUUUGUCCUUCCGCCCUGUUAAGGUCUGUGCACGCCACUGAUGACAACGUUAUACCUCCUUACAUGACAGAACAGUGUUACCAAAACAACUCAUAAGCUUCUGAUUGCUGCAUAUAUAGAAGCAGCACAGCAAGAUAUUUGGGAUAGAGCCAUAUGGUUUAAGGUUGUAAGCUGCGUGCAUGCAUACUUGUAUACUAUUUGCUUAAAACUGUAAAGAUAUCUCUUUUCUACUUUCAUCUUUCUACUUUUGUGUCACUGCAAACCAUUUUUUAUUUGAAUGCAUCAAGAGGACAUCUCAGACUUUUUGACAUUUUUUUAAAAUGUUUUCAAAUAUUAACAAACACAUCAUAUGCUAUACGUGUUCUUUUAUUUAUUGCUUAUUUAUCCUUGUCUUGUUACAUUUUUGUUCUGUUUGUAGUCAGUGAUGCAUGUUAUGAACUGGGUUUUUGACCGCUCCCAUAAUUCCUUGUCUAUCUCUUAUUGAUAUCCUCUCACAGUGUGGAGGAGUUUGUCUUUGUGGGGUUUUUUUGCCAUUGUAAUCAUCAGCCAAAAUGUAGAUGUGCUUAGACAACAAAAUGAGAUCAUUUCCACAGAUCUCAGAAUGAAUGCAUGAUUACCACAGAGUAUGGUGGAUAAAUCUGCAGUGAUCAUAAAGUCUAGCAGCUUCAUGUAAAUGCACUGAUCCGGAUACGUGACAGGGUAAAUAUAGCCUGCAGUGGCAGCAGUAAACGGUGGUACUCAACAGAAUUAGUUGAUCUCUUCUAGGAGUCUAUACUUCCAUUAUCGGUCCAAAGACAAAUUUGCAGUUUUUGUUUUGGCAUGUACAUGCAUCCAUAUAUGGUGUGUAUGUUAUUACAUAGCCAUGUCUCUGGAAAUAUGAUAAAAGUCCCUAGAAAUGCAUUAACCCUUCCAAGUCAGUUAAGCGUUGAUAAAUGUGUAAAUGUAGCAGUCCAUGGCAAAGUGUAAUUUAAGAAGGCCAUUGGAUAUUAAUGUUUUUGCGAACUAUCAGAGCAAAUGUUUUUUGACAUACUUUCUUUCCCCUCCAGACUCAAUGUCUGUUUUGUAAAUUAAACAUGAGAUAUUGGAUUUAAUUAGAGACUUUUUUUUUCUUUCUUUCUUAAAUAGUGUUUAUCUUUUGUGCUUGUAUUUUGCCAUUUAGUGCAGUAGAGGUCAAAUUUUUCCUUAAUGAAGAAUGCUUUUCUGGUGGUUUGGAAUAUGUGUGUAUUACCUGUUUGUUUAUUUGCAUUAUCUGUUGCUAAAUUUGUCAUUUUAUUUGUGACUUGGUGUCUUCUGGGUUUUAAAACAUAGGAAACAUGGUGGGUCAUUUAAGGGUUAGAACUGCUAAGAAGAAUACACAGACAAGUUUGUGUUUUAAUGCAUAUUUUUUAUUUUACAAAAUGAUUUGUAUUGAUCUUUGUUUGUUUGUAUUUUCUUCUUUGCGUUCUAAUUUCUAAAAGUCGUUAACUAUGGUUUCACAAACUAUGUUCUUUCUUGUAAAAAGGAUACCUAUUUUUUAUUAUUAUUGUUUUUUUUUUUUUUUAGCAACAUGUUUUAAAUAUAAUAGCAUUUAAUGUUUGAUGUAUUUUUUCCCCCCACCAUGCCUCAUCUCCCCAUUCUAAUUUAGCAUUUUCUUGUUUUUAGCAUUUGUCUCGGUUAUGUGCCUUGCAAAAAAUUUUUCAAAUGCCUUGCACAACUUUUGGAAAUUGUUACAAGAAUCUUACUGUACAUGCAAGUGAAAGUCCUUAAGUAUUAAUGACUUUAAAUGAUGUCCACAUAAUGUCUGGCCACAUUCUUUUUUAAAACACUUUGUUUUCCAAAUGUUUUGAUUUUAUAAAGAAAUUUCUCAUCAAAUUCUGUACAGUCGUACUUUCCUGCUGAACUAGGAGAGGUAACUUUUUGUGUUUUCUUAUACAGCUUAUAAAUGCUGUUUCUUAUACAGCAUUUAUCUUCACUGGGAGUGUUUCAUAGAUCCAGAUUUUGUUUCAUCCUGCUGUAUUAUCUUAUGCUGAGCCAUUGCAGACUUUUUUUAACAAAUUUGCCACACCAUCAAAUA